UCCAUGCUACUAUUGUCUACCAAGAGAGCGGGUUAUUUGCAAAAUAAAGGUUUCCUCCUGCUGUCCUGGUGUCAGCCUCUGUGUGUGCUGCUGCAUACAUACACAUGCAGGUUAGACUGUGCAGCAGCAGCAGCAGCAGCAGAUUUGAACAACGUUUCUCCAGCCUCUGUUUUCCCUCUCACUGCCUCGGUUCCUCGGCGGUCUGAUGCUGGGAGUCCUCGCUGGUCGGGGAGCUCGUUGGGCCCGCAGAGAAAGGAGAAGGGACGCGGAAGGAAGAAAGUAGGGGAGGAAGGAAGGACGGAGGCAGCAUUUUAAUACCAAAUCGGGACACAUGUUGAGCUAACAGCCCGCUCCAACUCCCCCCUCUUCUCCUCCCAAAUGCAUUUGGUGCCUCAAUCGCUUUCCCGUUACUAAUUACUCCGCGUCAGGAUCAAGCGAGCGGAUCUUCUACUCCUCCUCCGGCUCCGAGGGUCCACGCUCAGCGUGUCGGCGCGGACCAUCAUGGAUCUCAGUAAAAUUGCUGUCAGCAUCAAUAAGGCCAUCAACACACAGGAGGUUGCUGUCAAAGAGAAACAUGCCAGGACCUGCAUCCUGGGAACGCAUCAUGAGAAAGGCGCCCACACAUUCUGGGCAGCAGUCAACCGGCUUCCUCUCUCCAGUAACGCAGUGCUCUGCUGGAAAUUCUGCCACGUCUUCCACAAGCUGCUGCGAGACGGACACCCCAACGUGAUAAAGGACUCCAUGAGAAACAAGGCUGAUUUGACUGAUAUGAGCAGGAUGUGGGGACACCUGAGCGAAGGCUAUGGGAAGCUGUGCAGCAUCUACCUCAAACUGCUCAUCACCAAAAUGGAAUUUCACAUCAAAAACCCUCGUUUCCCCGGCAACCUGCAGAUGUCAAACAGACAGCUCGAUGAGGCGGGCGAGAACGACGUGAACAACUUCUUCCAGUUGACUGUAGAAAUGUUUGACUACCUGGAGUGUGAGCUCAACCUCUUCCUGGGUGUAUUCAGUUCCCUGGACAUGUCUCGAUCGGUUUCGGUGACGGCAGCGGGUCAGUGUCGUCUGGCUCCACUUAUUCAAGUCAUCCUGGACUCCAGCCACCUGUAUGAUUACACUGUAAAGCUACUGUUUAAGCUGCACUCCUGCCUUCCAGCUGACACUCUCCAGGGCCACAGAGAUCGUUUCCAGGAGCAGUUUAAAAAGUUAAAGAGUCUGUUCUAUCGCUCUAGUAACUUGCAGUAUUUCAAGAGGCUGAUUCAGAUCCCACAGUUGCCUGAGAACCCUCCUAACUUCCUGCGUGCGUCAGCUCUGUCAGAGCACAUCAGCCCCGUGGUUGUGAUCCCUGCCGAAUCCUCCUCCCCCGAGUCCGAGCACAUGGCUGAGACGGACGACCUGGUGGACACAGAUGUUCCCUCACUGCCGGCUCCUGUGGAGACCAAGUUCGACGACCUGUUCGGCACAUCGGCUGCUAUAGACCCGUUCAACUUCAACAGUCAGAACGGCAUGCGCAAGGACGACAAAGAUCGUCUGAUUGAACAGUUGACAAGGGAGAUCCAGGCCCUCAAAGACGAGCUGGAGUCUUUCAGACUGGAGAGCGGUCGGUUGUGUCAGGUGCUGAGGGGGCGUAUCAGCGAGUUGGAGGCGGAGCUUGCCGAGCAGAGUCACCUGAGGCUGCAGGCUCUUGGAGAGAGCGAGUUCUUGAAGGCCGAGCUGGACGACCUGAGGAGGGUCAGAGAGGACACGGAAAAGGAGCAGCGGAGCCUGACGGAGAUAGAGAAAAAAGCUCAGGCCAAUGAGCAGCGCUACACCAAACUGAAGGAGAAGUACACAGAGUUGGUUCAGAGUCACGCAGACCUGUUGAGGAAGAACGCAGAGGUGACCCGGCAGGUGACGGUGGCUCGGGCAGCACAGGAUGAGGUGGAGACGGUGAGGAAAGAGAUGCAGGAGAAGGUGAAAACGGCUCAGGAGGUUGCAGACAGACAGGAAAGGGAACAGCUGGAGCAUCUUCAGGAGAUUCAGAGGGAGCUGGUGUCCAGCCGGGCGGAGCUGGACGCCCUGAAGACGACCGUGGCCUCGUCACAGCAGUCAAGCGAAGCACUCGGCACCGAGCUUGCCACCCUGCAGUCUGAGAAGGCCGAGCUGGUGCAGUCCCUGUCAAAGGUGGAGGCGGCGUUGGUGGCCCAGGGGCAGGAGCUAGAGCGGGUCCAAAGCUCGCUGGUGACUGAGAGGGAGAGUGGGGUGAAGACAGCCGAGUCCCUGCAGAAUCAGCUCAAUGAGAAGGAGAGCAGGGAGCAGACGUUGGAGGGCCAGCUGGUUGCAGCUCGCUGGUCCAGUCUGCAGGGAGCUGUGGAAGAGGCAGAGAAAAUCAUCCGGGACUCGCUGGCUCAGAUCGACGACCCGGCACACAUCAGCUGCACCAGCUCUGCCGACUACCUAGCGUCCAGAUGUCAGGCCUCUUUAGACUGUAUGGAUCGACUCCACUCGGCCAGAGAGGCCUUCAUGACAGACAGCACAGGUGUGUGCGAGCUGCUGCGAGUGGUGACACAGUGUGGCCAUCUGGUGGGAGACACCAUCGUUCAGGGUAGUGCCACCUCACACAUGGUGCCUGUGGAGCAAGGUGAUGCUCUGACAGAAAGUGUAAAGAAGUGCGGGGCCGAGGCGCUGUCUCUGCUGGAGCAGAUGAAGCAGCAGGAUGACCUGGCUGCAGCUGACGACAGCAAACUGAAGGCAGCUCUGGAGGCCAUCCUCGCCACUGCAGAGAAACUGCGUCCUCGUGGUUUGGAGCUGCAGCAGGGGGAGCUGGGAGACCUUGUGGAGCAGGAAAUGGCUGCCACGUCCGCUGCUGUGGAAUCGGCUGCUGCCAGGAUAGAGGAAAUGCUCAACAAGUCUCGAGCAGUUGAUACAGGAGUCAAGAUGGAAGUCAACGAGAGGAUCUUGGCAUCGUGUACAGAACUGAUGCAGGCGAUCAAGGAGCUCGUCCUGUCUUCCAAAGAGCUGCAAAGAGACAUUGUGGAGAGCGGCAGGGGGGCAGCCUCCAUGAAGGAAUUUUAUGCCAAGAAUUCCCGCUGGACUGAGGGCCUGAUCUCUGCCUCCAAAGCAGUGGGAUGGGGAGCAACAGUCAUGGUGGAUGCUGCUGAUCUGGUGGUGCAGGGCAAAGGGAAAUAUGAGGAGUUGAUGGUGUGUUCACAUGAAAUAGCUGCCAGCACAGCACAGCUAGUAGCUGCCUCUAAGGUUAAAGCAGACAAAGACAGCAGCAACCUGCGACGCCUGCAGCAGGCGUCCCGCGGCGUCACACAGGCCACUGCUGGCGUCGUGGCCUCCACCAAAUCCGGGAAAUCCCAGAUUGAAGAAAAAGACACAAUGGACUUCUCCAGCAUGACUCUCACACAGAUUAAACGACAGGAGAUGGAUGCACAGGUCCUAGUUCUGGAGCUGGAGACUCGUCUGCAGAAAGAGCGAGAGCGUCUCGGUGAACUGAGGAAGAAGCAUUAUGAGCUGGCCGGAGCAGCAGAAGGCUGGGGCGAGAGUGAUGAGGGCACAGGUUGAGACCUUUCCUCCACUCCACCUCGCCCCCCCUUCCUCUGCCAAAAGACCGGCUUCUGUCUUCAGUCUCUCUCCUUUUUGUUUUUCCUCUUCUCUUUUUUGUUUGUUUGUGAUCCAAGCCAAAUGAAAAGGUGCUUCUUCUCUGAACCUGCUCCUCCACCCAUGUCCGGAAGCUCCCAUUGACGGACGGCACUGAAGGGCCCUGCGGAGGGCGGGGUUUGAUGGAAGUAGGAAAGAAAUGGAUGCGAGGAGUGGGGAGAAAAGCCGAGAGUGCGGCCCGACUUCACAGCCUCAUGUUCCCUCUGCCUCUCGCCCUGGACUGUGUUGGUGGAAAGUGGCGCUGAAGUUGACGCUUUCAGUUUUUCAGAGUAUUUAUUGUCCUCCUCCUCUGUCAUCUUUUUCCGUUUCUUCUUCUUUUAUUGAGGAAUCACAGCAGAGAUGAUACAAGCACAAGGUCUUCUCAAGAAACCCCCAGGACUGACCGCACAAACAACAAGCUCUCAGCAGAAAGAGAGGAGAUGAGUGACUGUCUGUCUUCUCCGGCACUAAACCAUGUCUCUGUCACACUGACUGCACACACGCGCUCCUGUGUAACACGUGUGUGUGUGUGUGUGUGUGUGUGUGUGUGUGUGUGUGUGUGUGUGUGUGUGUGUGUGUGUUGGUGGCGAGCUUCUGAAGCCGAGGGAGCUGAGCUGCUCAGUUUGACCUUCGCUUUCUUUCUCGUCUUUUCUCACUGUGAGAUUAUCACCUUAUUAAGUCCACACCACUGCAGGUGCUGGUUCACUGGACUUUUUGCCUUUCACCUCCUCAUCAUUGUAACAACUGUGACCUGUGACUGUUAAAAUUUCCCUACUGGGCCCCGCCCCCCUCCUCUUUAUAUUUUAACAGAUGUUUGUCUGGAAACUUUUAAAACAAAACAGGGAACUAAAGCACACAAACUGGCCUUGCUCCUGAUGAGCUGUGAGACUGCCAAUUACUUCGCACUACAUCAUCGGAGGUUAGAUGUGGCAGUGCAUCCUGGGAAGGUCAACAGUUGUCGCUAAAAACACUAAUGACAUGGGGUCAUUUUUUUAGACAUUUCAGUUAGUAGAAGGGGGCAGUGGGAGGCAAGUCUGCUCUUCUGCUGCUUCACGUCUGGCAACAAACACAGAAAGUUUGAAUACAUUUCAAGAUCCCGCCUCGGUUCCCGUCACAGCGGCAGCAGCUCUGGAUGUAGAGCCGGGAUCGAGCGUUGUUUGUCGCAGCGUUACAAGCAUCUGCUCCGACUAGAGACGUCAUGACGGCGCCAGCAGGAUGACGACUGUUCUCCUGGUGAGGAUUAUAAUCCUUUUAGGGCAACUGCAGGAGACAGGUCUGAUAAAUCUGCACAAGAGGAAAAAGUUAAUCAUUGUUGGAUUUGAAGGAGCCCCACUGCACAAACCUCGAUCAUUGAAAUGUCAAAGAUUCACCUGCCUCUUUAAACUGUUUGGCUGCGGUUUUCUAAAUCCUUCUGUAACAGCCAGUGCCACAGUGGACCGUGACGUAUGCAGCACACAGACUGCAGCGUUUUCAUUAGCUUCCUCGAGACCAAGUAGCUGUGUAUAUAAAAACUAUGAGCCUUUUACUGUUGGAAAUAAUCCCUUGCUUUCUUCACAUGGCAUCCGUUUUUGCAUCUAAAGAUUCCGUACAGUUGAAUUAGAGAUAGAAAACAGUGACUGUCGACUAAUGUAAGUCAUUAUUUCUUCCACACGGCGUCGUUAUUUAACAGAUUUUUGUACUGAGACUGAUAACCUGACUUUAAACGCGGACUGCAAGAAUACAGACCAUGCCUUUGUGUAAAAACCACGAGAUGAGCGGACAUCCAUUUUGAAACCUGGCCUCCUUAUUUCUCCUUCCUGUUUGACCGUAGCGAUUGUGAUUCUCUUAAAGUUUCUCUUUCUGUCUGUGUUAACAUACUUAGUUUUGACGCUCCACGUCAGCUGCGUAGCUCCAAAAAAAAAACUCACACAUGGAGCAGCAGUUGGUCACAAAAGUGUUUUCUUUCUUCCAAUGCAACAACAUCCAUCUGCUGCACCAACCAGGUUCAAACAAACACGUACUGUUGGCUCCAGGUCUGUGUAUAAUCAUUUUCAAUCCUGAUUUUAGAGUUCUGUUACUUUAACCUCACAUGAGCACAACAUUUGAUUUGAGAAAUUGGAAGAUGAAACAAAGGAGGAUGCGUCCACUUUUGUUUCGUGUAUUUUUAAGUGUCUUGAAAGAUAACUGCACCUUGAGGGACUUAAGUAGUUGUAUUUAGUUUUUCUUGCCCAUGUCUUCUGUAUUAACCUCCCUCUGUCUCUCACUCUGGGGUCUGUGUCUGUAGUCGUACCAGCUCAGCCAGCCUUUCAAACUGCCUCACACUGUAGUCAAAGAGAAACAAAUACUCACAUAGCAACAGUGAAAUAUGUCUUUGUAUGAUAUACUAAAACUUUGUUGGUGGGUUUGUUUUUAUUUUUUCAGUUUUUAAAUAAAUAUUUCAACUUGUUAAUACA